UAUCAGCAGGUGUGGCGUUCCUCCGCCAAGCCCACAAUGACCAAGGGCGUAAUACGGCAAAAUAGAAAGUUGAAAGAGGCGAGAAAAAUUAUGGACGUUGGCCACGUAAAUCAUAAAAAUUUAUAGCUUGCUGCUAGCGGUACCAGCAGACUGGUGGAUCCAGAAAAGCCAGCAGCAGGACAAAACACACUCCAGCACUGGCGGCCAGGAUUGCCAGGUUUGCUAAGAACUUGUACAUAGGAAGUGCAUAAGAAUGAUUUCAGCUGAUGAAUGGGUAAUCAUUCAUCGCUUUCAAUGAAAGUAAGCACUUAACUCAUCGAAUUGAAUUCAGCUUUGCAUGAGAAAUAGCUUUCCGAAUGGUUCGACGGCGAAGAGCUAGAAACAGCUAGGAAACCGUUUUUGUUUUUUUGCUCAUGAUCCAUCAGAUUUGAUUUAUUAAGAGCAUACAAAUGACUGGUACACACUUUUCAAGAUGUUUACUGGUGGGCGUUUAAAAGUGAAAAAUUCAAAUUGGGUGAUUUUUAUUUGUACCAACAGGUAUUAGAACAGUAAAUUUGUGUGCUCAAGCAUGGAAAUUAAUCAAAUUUCUUGAGAGCGUUAUGCAUUUAUGACGCUUUCUUUCAAUUAAAAUAUUAAGCCAUACAUUUGAUACGAAUCCAUUCACAUUGCAUUUUAAUGUAUGUAAAUGUCUUAUUAGCUCCAAGGCAGCCUCUCUCGUCCGCUUAUCCGACUGACAGGGCAAGAUAGGACAAGUUGAGCUUUUGAUGUGCUAUGAAAUUGUUAAACUUUUAGGGAACUCCAGGAUGAAGGAUUAAUUGUAUUGAGAAAUUUUGCUGUUUGGAAAGAGUUUUGAAUGAAAACUUUCUGUGCUCAGUAUCAUUCACCCGUACCCACGAUGUGCUUUUCGAAAUCCAUUAUUGUCAAUACUAGGAGUCUUCCCUCGAGGAAUGAAGUGCUAGCAAUAAGGUGUGAGCAAAUGCAAAGUUUUAUGUCCUUUACUUUUGAAAAGCAAAGAAAAGUGAAGAGAAAAGUAAUUAUUUCCAUGUGGAAAGUGUGUCAACAUACUUAAUCUUUUGGCUUGCUGUUGCAGGCUGCACGGAUUUAAUGUGAAAAAUUAAUUGCCAAAAUCACUCUGGUUAUAUCAGAAAAAGUAACAGGGUACCGGAAGUUGAGGCAGGUGUGGCAUGGGAGCAAGUGAGCCAUCUAGAGCUGUUUUAGUAAACAUUCAACUAGGUUACCAAAUCCGUGAGCAAAGUGGUUCGUACCUGUGGCGUAGAUAUAUUGUACCGAAUUCCAUGCUUAAUAGAUCUUUUUUUAUUAUUUUUAUCACCGUUGCUGAGCAGCGACAUUGAGUGUAACCCUAUAUUAUUUCAUCCAUGUCAAAUACGCAAAAAUAAAAAAGAAGGUAUUACAACACAAGCUGACGCAAAAGGAACAUCGGUUUGUGGGGUUUUCCGAAAAAAAAAAAAAACAAAAAUAAAAACACGGAAAAAUCUAAAUUCAAAAAUUAAAAUAUCUUUAAGGACAAAAGUGCCACACCCUUUCAGCUAUUGAAAACGUUAAAAUUGUUGAUCAAAAUCUGGAGAAAUCGCUUCUUGAUUUAGAAUCCUGGCCGGAUUCAACUGGAAAACGAAUCCCAGAUUCCUACCCGAAUUCUUAAGCGCAACGUUUCAACUGAAAUACAACUGGUAGAUAGAAGUGACUUCCUACAGGCCGUUUGGUGGUAAGUUAUUUAAUUUUAUCUAAGUGGCUUUCUUGCUCCAUACGAGGGGCAAUCUGGGCCCAUAGCUCAAACAAUUACCUAAUUUUUUACCAUUUUUUAAAAAACGUAUAUAAAACAGGUCUUUGUAAAAUGACGAUAAAUCCAUUUUUUUAAACAGUUUUUAUGUCAGUUACAGAUGGAAGUAUUUGGCGUGGCACAGUUGCCCCAAUUUUUCUUAUAGAAGCAUCCUUUGGAAUUUAGUAGAGAAUCUUUAUUCGAAGUGCUAUUAGAUGGAGACGAAGUUUCAGCUUGUUACAUUCUAUUGUAGGUAUUUCCAAGUUUGUAUUGUUACGUGUAAUCCCUUUAAAAUGCUUUAAUUGUACGCUUACACAUUUAACUCGACAGCAAAACAACUCAUGCAUCGACGGUUUUCAGGCGAUACUACCGGCUGCACUAUAAUCACAAACCAAAAAAAAACCCAAUAUCCGUUUGGAAGCCCGCGGCUUGACAACUUCUUUCCUAUGUAUUCGCACGUAGUACUUCAGCUACAAAUUGGAGAAACUCCCGACAUACCAGCACAUACACGUACGGCGGAGAGUAGUAGUUGUAUCGGCCCGAUGGUGAUGCAACAACCUUCAAAAACCUACCGCAACAAACUGGCUUUCGCAAGCUGAUCGGCUCGAUCGUUUAGCGAUGCAGCAGAGUUUGAAACCCCUGCUUCGCACUUCUGGGGGCCUGGCCUCUGGACGAAUUUUGUGUGGAAAGGGUUGUUUCGGACGGGCGGCAGACCUUGAUGCUACCAGCCGCAGUGACAUGUAGUAUUUUUACCUACAAGGAGAAGCGGGUCAACACGAACGACAGCGAACAUUGAGGCUCGACCUUCCACAAUCGAUGCCGGGGUGCGGUUCAGCCAGUCUUCUGUAUAGUGGGCUCAGAGGAGGAUACCGAGUAAUGUACAUCCUACGUGAAAGUGGCAGUGCUCGAAAGAUCUUGAUGAAUAUUCAAUAUUGAUCAGUGAAUAGAAAGUAUUAAUUUUGGUUUCUGUUUCCUUCCAAAAAGAUUAUUACCAAACGUGUGUGUGCGUGUGUAAAGUUGGCCUGUGUAGAAUGUUAUCUGAUAAGAGCUGGCGUAAUUUGGUGAUAGCCUUGUGUAUGGUGUGGCACACGGCCCGAUCACAGUCAACAAAUAAUGCGCGCGCUGCGGUAACCUCGAACGCGGCCGAAUGUGCCGAAAUCGGUAUGAGUAUGCUCGAUCAAGGUGGUUCCGCAGCCGAUGCGGCCAUCGCCACCCUUUUCUGUGAAGGUGUUUCGCUUCCGCAGAGCAUGGGUAUCGGUGGCGGCUUUGUAUUGACCAUCUACAAUAAGGCAUCCGGCAUCGUGGAGUCCUUGGACUCGCGGGAGGUUGCACCGGCGGCCGCUACCAAAAACAUGUACGUCGGAAACGGUAAGGCCGCCAUUGAGGGUGGCCUAUCGAUUGCGGUCCCUGCCGAGCUCAAGGGCUACUGGGAGCUGCACCGAAAAUACGGCAAACUGCCCUGGAAAGCGCUCGUGAAGCCAACGAUUGAUGUAUGCACCCGUGGAUCCCUCGUUACGGGCUACUUGGAGAAAAUUCUGCUUUCGAAGAAGGCACUCAUCUUAACGUACCCGGAUUUGGCGAAAAUAUUCAUCAAUCCCGCUACUAACGACACCUGGAAGAUGGGAGAUCGCAUCAAGCGACCAGCACUGGCAGAAUCGUUGAAAGUGAUUGCCGUGGAAGGUGCGGACGCUUUGUACAGUAGCAACGGUACACUUUUGCCCAAGUUGUUGGAGGAUUUAAAGAAUGUUGGCAGCAUCCUGACGGCGAAUGACUUCUACAAUUACAGGCCUGAUUGGGUAAAGCCAGCGCGAGCUAGGCUACGCCGUAACCUCAACGUACAUUCUAUGCCCCUCCCAGGCAGUGGACCGAUUCUUAGCUACAUGUUGUCAAUUCUGGACGGAUACAAGGAUCUGUCGAUAAACGAUCCCCUCACGUGGCACCGGAUUGUCGAGAGCUUCAAGCAUGGUUACGGACUACGCACGAAGGUGGGCGACCCACGGUUUGUUACCUCCGUUAAUACGGUACUGCAGAAGAUGACAAACAAAAACUAUGUCGCCUACAUUCGGGACAUGAUAGUGGCCAACACGACGUUCGACAGUUAUGACUAUUACGGGGCAGAUUUUGCAGGCUUGCAGGAUCAAGGAACCGCACACGUCUCGGUGCUGGCAGCGAACGGAGACGCCGUAUCCGUAACGAGCACGAUUAAUUAUCUGUUUGGCUCGUUAAUAGUGUCUCCCUCGACCGGUAUCAUCCUGAACGAUGAAAUGGACGAUUUUUCCACGCCAGGUGUUGUGAACGCUUACGGACUAUCGCCCUCUCCGGCCAACUUUAUCGUACCCCAGAAACGGCCACUUUCUUCCAUGUCGCCCACGAUCAUCACCGAUCGGCAGGGUGACGUGCGAAUGGUGGUCGGAGGAGCGGGUGGUUCCAGGAUUACCACUGCCACGACCUUGCUUAUUCUUCGGCAUCUGUACUUCAAACAGAGUCUCUGUGAUGCCAUCAACGCACCGCGCAUCCAUCACCAGCUAGCACCGAUGCAGGUCGAAUAUGAGAAGGGCUUCGAUGCGAACGUGUUGGCAGAGCUUGCUGCCCGCGGUCACAAGGUGCAGGAGUCGAAAGCUGAUUUUGGCUUUGCGGCGUUAACGGCAAUCGCUAAAAAGGAUAACAUCAUUUCUGCUGUCUACGACGGACGGCGGAGUGGUAGUGUGUCGGUGAGGCCGCACAGAGCCGGUGUAGGUAAUUGUUAUUAGCCAUGGGCUGAAAUGUUUUGCUGAUACCGUAAAAUAUAAAUGUAUGCAAAGCUAGAAGGAGAAUAUAUUCACAGAGAAGAUUGAAAAGAAUACGCGAAUACUACCAUUGGUAGCGUUUUUAAACGGUUAUCAUCGUUCGUUCCCAAAUGUAUAAACGACGUCCCAGCCAUUGCAUAAAAACGAUUACUUAACAAGCACUAAUUACACCAACUAUUUAGCAUGCGCUAGAAACACUUGCUCCCCUCAUUAAAAUCACGGUCAAAUUA